AUCUCCAAGCCUCUGAUGGAGAAGAAGCGCCGUGCACGCAUCAACGUGUCACUGGAGCAGCUGAGGUCUCUUCUGGAGAGACACUACUCACAUCAGAUACGGAAACGAAAGCUGGAGAAGGCCGAUAUCCUGGAGCUGAGUGUUAAGUACAUGAGAAGCCUCCAGAACUCACUGCAAGGACACUGGCCAGUACCCAGUGGGGUGGACUACCCGUCCGGCUUCCAAGGCGGCUUGCGUGGCGUGAGCCAGAGGCUUCGGCCCGGAGAGGGCGACAGCGGCCUGAGCUGCCCCUUGCUGCUCCAGCGCAGGGCAGGCAGCACCACGGACAGCGCCAACCCACAGGCGACCUCUGUUCUCAACCCUUGCCUCCCGGCCAUCUGGGCCCCUAGUCGCGCUGCAGGUGGCUCGCAGUCCCCGCUCCCUCUCCCUGGAAGUCUCCUUGAGUCUUCCACCGAUGUUCUGGCACCACAACCUGCAUCAAACUGCCAGGCCGAGAGUCCGAGACCCGGGUUUCGCGUGUGGCGACCGUGGUGAAACCUAGGCAAGGAUUUAGACUCAAGCUCUCUCCCUACGUCCCCAUCACCCCGCCAUCUAGUCUGGGGAAACUAUUUUGGGGGACCCAUGGUGACUGCAGGAACUCUAUCAAUCGGUGGCCUGGGAGGGGGGCUGCAGGAAAUCCACGGAACCAUUGGCAAUUUGGGUCUGCACUGCUAGGUGAACUCAUCCACUCCAGCCCCACCCACUCCAUCCAGACCAGCUCUCCACCUCCCGCUUCUAGAGAAGAUGGGAGGGGACGGGUGAGCUGUACCCCUUUCCCAGGGACCCGGGGCUGGCAA